AUGCUACACAGCGCGAGACAUGCGCGCAACGCUGUCCGCUCGGCUCCACCCCUCUCACAGCUCGACCGCCCCCAGACGAAGCGAACUUGCACUUUCUGCGCCACAGCGGGAGUGCAGCGGGUUCCGACGCAGCUCAGAGCCAAUCAGGUCGUCCGACCUCGAGCAGUUGUGACAGACUGGAGCCAGCCCUCUACCUCGAAGAUACCAUAUUCACCCUCUCGCUCGCUCUCCACCGCCGUCCCCCUACCUCCUCCUAUCGCGCCAGAAGAACCGUCACGAUACACAGCACGACUGCUCGAGCGACGACUCGCCGGCUUCAUCACCUUGGAAUCGCCUGCAGCCCGCCUCGCCGCCCGCGACGACAUCUGCCGCCUGAUCGCUUCUUACAUCCCUGACUCCGGUCCACCUUCAGCACACCCUCCUAUCUCUCUAGAACGCGACACAUUUGACUCGCUCUUCGCCCAGGUCGUCGAGCUCGAAGCGGAUGCCGCCAAUCCCGUCCUGAAGCGGUUGCGCGACUUUGCGAUCAAGCGGCAGAGAUGGGAGCUGUCGUUCGAGCAAGUGCGGGAAGUUGCGCGGGCCCGGCUGAGGCAAGAGGAGGGAGAGGCGAGAGUGAGGGAGGCCAAGUCCGGUUCGAGUGCGCGCAGGCAGAGCGCAAAGCCGAACUCGAGGGAAGGAUUGAUGCGGCAACGGCAGCGGUACCUCGAUCGCUGUUUCGACGAGUACUGGGCGCUGCUGUCGGCACGCCUUCCCCCUCGGGAGGACGCUCUCACGCCUGAUCAGCUCGCCUCGCACGCCGACGACGCCGACCUCCUCGCCCAGUACUCGCAUCGCCUCGCCCGCCGGAUACCUCAAUCUCUCGACUCUGAACCCACGAUACGACGAUCACAUACCUUUGCCCUCCGCGCUUUGUCGCUCUCGACACCCUUACUGCAUCCCGAUACCAAUGCCGCCUUUUCCGAACUCUUACCCUUCCUCUUUCGCCUCGACCCAUCCGCCGCACUCGCCCAGCUCCGCGCCAUGGCCGACAAGGGCCACCUACCUCGCAUGAGAGACCUGAAGGACAUCCUCUCGGACCACUUCGCGGGUGAAGGGCCCCAGUCUGCGCCGUUACGAGGCGCAGCAGCCGAAGAAGCUGCGUACGCUCGGGCGCGCGAGCUGCUCGACCAGGCGUGCGCGGCGGACAAGAUGCCCUUCUUCGGGCGGAAAGGCAACGGUCCGCACGAGGCGCUUGCGAAGUUGCAGGAGGAGCGGCUGAAGACGGUUGAGCGGUCGACGGCGAUCGAGAAGGCUCCGCUGCCUUACUUUGUACGGUGGCUCGGCAUCGAGCGCGGUCGCGCGGUCGAGGGAAAGGAGGCGUUGCCGGUUGAGGAGCGGCAGGCGGGACUGGACGUCGCCUUGCGCUUGUGGGAAACGUCGCAAAUCAAAGGGAAGGACGAAUGGGACCUGCCGGCAUUGACGAACGCGGACAGUCCGCCCGCCAAGCUCCUUUCGUCGCUCGUCGUCGAGGCGUGCAGGUUGGAGGUCGAGGCAGCCAGGGCGAGCGGCUGGACGAGGCAGGAUCGCCGCAAGCCUCGCAUGCCCUCGCACUGUCUCGUCACAGCGGCAGACAUUGCGCGGCGCUGCAUGAUCCAUCAUGUUCUCGUCAAGCACUCUGGCCGACUGCUCCGCGCCUUGACCGUCUCCUCGACCGCACCUCUCAUCGCACUCUCCCUCUUCGACCGCCUCUCCGUCCCGCCCGAGCUCUCUUCGACCAUCCCACCUGCCGACUCGAACCAACAUCCGCCCUUCGCAUGGUCUCCAGACCUACGGGAUACCUUUGUCGCCCUCUUCUUCUCCUCCGCAGCCGCUCGCGACCCGUCCAUCCCGAUCCGACUUUACCUCAGCUGGACCGCCUCGGGCCUCUACUUCCCCGUCAGCCUCUGGAACGAGCUGUGGCGCGCGCUCGGCCGGAGAGGCAGCAUUUCCGAGCUGAAGCGCGUCAUUCACGACUGGGAGGAGACCGGGCGAGGGAAGAUCGAGGGCCGGAUCAUGCAGCUUGUCCUCGAGGCCGCAGCAGCCGACGAGCGGCAGAUCUCCUCGCCCUUGCGACUGCUCGAUUACUUCAGGUCGCGCUACGCCCCUUCUCCGCGAUCUCGUCCGUCCCCGAAACUCGUCCAACUCCAGCCUUACCUCCUCAUUCCCGUCGCCGGCUACAACGCCGUCCUCCGCUCCCUCUCGCGCUCCUUUCGCGACCGUCGUGACGACAUGCAGUCAGUCUGGCGACAGAUGAUCCAGGAUGGCCACACGCCCGACGCCCGAUCCUACAACGCCCUCAUCGCCGCACACGUCUGGCGACCCGGCUUCUUUCGCACGCAGGACCUCGACGCUGCUGGAGUAGCCUACAACGAGCUCGUCGUAGCCUGGAGGGAGGUUGGGAAGGGUCAGGACCGACAAUCUGCCGCCCGGCUCGAGCCAGACCGCGAAACCUUCUCCCUCCUCGUGCACGGCUUCCUCCGCGUCGCCGAUUCGCCAAGAUUCGGCCGCGACAGGCGCACCCUGACGCUCGAGGCGGCCUUGCGGACGUUCUCUGCGGCGUGUGAGCGGGGACAAGGCGUUCGCGGCCACCAGACCGCCAAGCUCGUUCGCCUUCUCGCCUCUGAGGAACGCUUCGAGGACGCCAAGAUGGUGCAGGAGAAGUGGUGGAGGGGUCUCGUCGCGCUCGAGGCCAAGUGGCCCCAGAUCAUCCGACAACGCGGUCGCAAGGGCAGGUGGACCGAGGUCAUGUGGGACGACGCGCACGUCGCAGCCGAGGUGAGGGAGAUGAGGGCCGCUCGCUUCGAGGCGGAGCGGAUCGAGGCGCGCUGGAUGGCAAAGACGUGGCAGAAGGACGAGGAGCAGGAUGCGCCGGACGAGGCAGACGAGCCGACCACGUUCAGCAAGGACGACGCCGUCUCGCCAGAAGCAUUCUCACCUUCACCUCUCGCCAUACCACCCUGGAGCCCGCCUACCGGUCAACCCUUCGCCCAGCAGUCCUAG